AGCACAUCCGACGUUUUGGGCUUUCCAUAUAUGCCAUCUUGAGAUUUAGAAGAAGCAUACAGCAACACUGACAGGUGAGAAAUAAACAAGGGAUUGACGCUCUAGCACAGGAAUUGAAUAUCAAAUCGAGGAAUAAAUAGUACAUCUUGCAAGGACAACAGCUGUGCUUACGUUGUAGAAUUCUUCUCUUAAUCAUUGCUAGCCUCUUCAUAACAUCGACUCUCAUCUGAAGUUCCAGCGCGGAUGAACUGACGACCAGCUCUAGGAGGCAAAGUGCUCUCGAGCAAGUUGGGAGUCUUCAAAUCAGCGUCGGGCAUACAACACGAGCAGAACUCACCACCGGUCCUUCAAACGAAUACCUUUUCUGUGCCUGGCGACAAAACAAUUUUGCUUGCGGAGAGUAGUAGCUAUGGCUUCUACAUCAACGAAGGCGGCUUCCAUGAAAUCGAUUCUGACACCAUCAAUCACUUUGGAGGGUCAUGGAGAGAACGUUCGAUCCAUAACCUACUUUCCGGAUGGCGAGCGAAUGAUCAGCGUAUCCGAGGAUAAGACCGCUCGACGAUGGGAUCUGAAGGCGGGUGAAGAAAUUGAGAGAAUGCGAAGUGUUUACGAGGAAGAUGUGUGGGUAGUGGCAGUAUCAAGGGAUGGUCGAUGGGUUGCCACUGCUGGUGGAGAUGUGAAUAGUGCAAUGCUGAAAGUCUGUGAGGUCGGGACUGGGAUUGUCAGAACAUUUGAAGGACACUUGGCUCAGAUCAUCAGCAUUGAUAUCUCUUCGGACAGCACACUGCUGGCGAGCGGGGCAAAGGAUGCCACAGCGCGGAUAUGGAACUUGGACACUGGGAAACUCGUGGCUGGUCCGUUCGAGAGCGGCACUUGGAUGGGCGCAGUUCGGUUCUCGCAAGACUCAAAGAAGCUCGCAGUGAGGUUAGACAUAGGAACAUGCCUUGAAGUCUGGGAUGUUCAAAAACAAAAGUUGGAUGUGAGGAUAGGGACAUUCGGUGGACCCGGAGUCACACUUGUGCCAGUGUUUUGGACAAACAAAAACAAAAACAUCUUGACCGCUUUCACAUUUACGGUUGACGCCGCCUGGACGAUCUAUGAAUUUGACGCAUCGACAUUGGAGACUGUAGGAGCUUCCUUUGAAGGGCACACCAGGGCCAUCUGUGGUCUAGCACUUUCAUUUGACUGUGUUCUCCUUGCCAGUACUUCCUUUGACGACACCAUCAAGCUCUGGGAUUUCGAGUCUCGCCAGCUCCUCGCUUCAUUCGAUGCUUAUAACAUCCAUAACCUUGUCCUCUCACCCAACUCGCGCCAACUAGUGUACACGACAUACAACAGAGAUGAUUGCAAGAUCUACAUAUGCAACACUCCACCCGAUGUCCUUGCUCAGGCUGGUAUCAGUGCACGUAAAAAGUCAACCCUCAACGACCUACUAAAUUCUGACGCAACUCGUCGUCCUCCUGCCGGGCGCCGCAUACGACCAGUACCUGCUAUACCUAGGCCAGAAAGACCUUUGCCUACAAUCAACCCACAGCAACCCGUUUUUGUUCGCAUUCGCAAACUCCUUCACUUCUCUCCUCGCACAAAUGCAGUACCACCUGUCCAACCUCGUGAUCCCCUUGAUGUCCCUGCUACACUGCCUCUAUCAUCCUCUCUCUCUGGGCAGGCCGCAACUCGCUUCAAUCAUUUCGAAAUAAGUUCUCCGCCUCCCCCCUCAAACGGAGUCACACAAUUCCUGCGGCAGCAUCUCCCUUUCCUCACGCCAAGACACAGCCUCGGGCCACCAGUUGUUGAAGUUGCACCAGGACGGAAAGUUACUACGAUACUCGACAUCCGUCUAGCCAACAGGCUGCUGUGCCACAGGAAAACGACACAGCUGAUAUUGAUUCACUCCCAGAUGUGCAUUGGGUCAAAGCGUUCCUCUGCUAUUAUUCAUGUUGGUCUCAUGGCAGGCUGAGGAUGCCUCCUCGAUGGCACUUGGAGCGCGUUGACAUACCUCGCCAGGAUGGUGCAGCAAAUAGCAGCUGUGGUGGUGCUCAUAGUCCCAGUUAACUUCGUAUGAAUUCAUCCACAUUUGCUUCAUGAUAUAUGUUCCUCAGUUAAUGUUUUAACACUCGUGUAUUAGUUAUGUGCUAUCUGCAAUACUCGCUGCGUGUGCCACAUUCCAUCAGAAGAUGGACUUCAUCGUAUCUUCAUCCUCACUGACGCUAUCCCCCACAGAAUAUUGAUCUGGUCAAGACUGACAUGACAUCAUUGUACAUCAUCACAGACUGACAAAAACAAACCAUCAUAGCUGCAUUCGAUUUCGAUUUCACCGCAGAUUUCGAG